AUGAGGACGGCCAGGCGGGCCAGCACCGUGGAGGUGCCCUCCUUCCUCCGCCAGCUAGCCAAGGAGACAGAGAAGAUGGUCACCUUCUUCUUUAAGGGAGUACAGAAAGAUGACCAGGAGGGGAACGAAGAGGACUUCAGUGAUGAGGAUAACGGGCCGAGCAUCUACCUGGACCGGCCCAUCCUGGAGAAACACGCGGCCGAGGGGGGGUCUCAGUGGGGGGUGAACUAUGCAACGGCCAGCAUGCAGGGCUGGAGGGCGCAGAUGGAGGACGCCCAUGCCUGCAUGCCGGAGAUGGGAGGGGAGCUGGUGGAGUGGGGCUACUAUGCUGUGUUUGAUGGACACGCUGGCAACACGGUGGCACAGUACUGCUCCCGCAACCUGCUGCAACACAUCCUCGCUACAGGUACCAAAUUGGGCCGCGCACUUUGACUAACUGAAUUAUAUAAUUGUAGGCAGCCUAGUUUAUUUUCACUAUUUUACGACACCUAUUUCCAGUGUGUGUUCCACAGACAUAGCUAGGCAUGGGUGACAAGGUGCCGUUGUGCUGUAGGCUAUGUGUAUGGUGUUCUUGAUCUAAAGUUGUAACUUGAAUACCAAAGACAAUAUCUCUCCUGGUUUUAUGUAUCAUUCCUAAACAUUAACAUGGUAGCACAACAUGGCUGACAGCUGUUGUUGACAACCUCUUGAUCCUUGUUCUUGGCCCGAAGUAUGAGAUACUUAAUCUGACACUUGUGCCUACAAUGUCUGCUACUUAACUCAAGACAAACUUUUAAUCCUAACCUAAAAUGCAUAAAUUAAUCAAUUAAUGCCACAAGCAAAACAGACAGACAGACAGUGACCUCAGAGGACUACAACAGCGCAACCUGAGCUCUGAGAUUUGGGCUCUGGCAGGGCACCAACAGUGGGCAUUUGUCCCUUGGAACCAAGCUGGCAAGGCUGGUGGUCAAAUAAUUGUAUUGUAACUAUGUGUAGUUAUCAUGUAGUUGGCCCCACUGUAGUUAACUUCUGCAUGUCGAUUUUAGGCAGCACAACCUAAUAUGAAUUAGAACCAAAUGAUGUGUAUUUGUCACCUAUAGGCCAGGUCUCUAACCCAUAUUGAUCUCUCCUGCCUCCAGGGCGCGUAAAGGCGGAGGAGGACCCUGAUGAUGUGAAGGAGGGGAUUGUCGAGGGCUUCCUGGCCAUCGACAGCCACAUGCACACACUGACGCGCCAGGAAUGCUGGGAGCGCAGCGGCUCCACGGCGGCUGCCGUCAUGCUCUCGCCGCAGUACAUCUACUUCGUCAACUGUGGCGACUCGCGGACGCUCCUCUGCCGUGACGGCCAGGUCAUCUUCUACACGGAGGACCACAAGCCUUUCAACCCUAGGGAGAAGGAGCGAAUACAGAACGCAGGCGGCUCGGUGACCCAGCAUAGGGUGAACGGCUCCCUGGCUGUGUCCAGGUCCCUGGGUGACUUUGACUUUAAGGAGGUGGACUGGAGGUCCCAGACUGAGCAGCUGGUCUCCCCAGAGCCGGAGGUGUACAAGCUGGAGAGGUCACCGCAAGACGAGUUCCUCAUAGUGGCUUGUGACGGCGUGUGGGACGCCAUCGGCAAUGAGGAGCUGUGUGCGUUCGUCCGCAGCCGCCUGCAGGUGUGCGAUGACCUGAGGGAGAUCUGCAACCAGGUCAUUGACCUCUGCCUCUAUAAG